GGCGAGCGGGCGGCGAGACGGGCUGGGCGCGCGCAUGCGCGGCUUCGAUCCAUGGGGCCGCUGAGUGGGGCCGGCGCGGUGGGCGCGGGGGUGGCGGCCUUGUACGUGGCGGCCCUACCCCUCUCCGUGCCCGGGGGAGACUCUGGGGAGCUGAUCACAGCCGCCUAUGAGCUUGGAGUUGCUCACCCCCCAGGCUAUCCUCUCUUCACUCUUUUGGCUAAACUGGCAAUUGAGCUGCUCCCUUUCGGCUCGGUCGCUUUCCGGGUGAACCUGCUCUGCGCUGUCCUCGGAGCCGCCGCAGCUCCGUUUUUCUUUUACACCGUGGCCAGGCUUUCUGGCAAGCAUGCUGCAGGAAUCUUUGCUGUGGGAUGUUUUCGUUUUCCUCGCCUCACAUGGCAGUGGUCCAUCACGGCGGAGGUUUUCAGCUUAAACAAUCUGUUUGUGGGGCUGCUGAUGGCUCUCUCCGUGUGCUUCCGGGAGGCUGCGACCGCCAAGGAGAGAUCAAAGGUUGUAAAGGCGGGCGCCUUCUGCUGUGGCCUCAGCUUGUGCAACCAGCACACCAUCGUCGUCUAUGUGAUUUGUGUCGCACUGUGGGUUUUCUCCUGCUUGCUCGGGAGAGGGUGAGAAUUGACCCCAGGCCACAUGCUAAAGUUGACCUCCUGCUUCCUGGCUGGCUGGCUGCCUUAUCUCUACCUGCCUGCCUCUUCCUACCUCAACAAAGCACGCUGGACCUGGGGAGACCAGACGACCCUUAAGGGAUUUACGACCCAUCUUCUCAGGGAAGAAUACGGAACCUUCAAUCUGGCAAAACUAGAGAACGGAUCAAGUAUGGCUGAUAUAUUGCUUUUCCAAGUGACUGGUAUGAGGACGGAGCUCUCCGCCAUCACCCAAGCCCUUGCGGUCGCCGCCUGCUUGUGUGCUGCAGUGAGGCCCAAGGUGGAGAAGCCACAUUUAGUCUGGCUGUUCACUUCCAUGCUCCUCGCCUAUUCAUUUUUCUUUGCUUGGAGAGCAAAUCUGGAUAUUUCAAAGCCGCUAUUUAAAGGAGUGGUGGAGCGAUUCUGGAUGCAGAGCAAUGCGGUGGUUGCUGUUCUAGCCGGCCUCGGUUUCUCCUCGCUUUUCUCUUUUGCAGAGGGGGUAGUUGGAAACAGCCGAGUGCUUCGCUGCCUGGAAUGGCUUCUUGCUGCCGUUCUGGUUACUGGGCAAGUCUACUCUAAUUACAGUGCCUGCGACCAAAGCCGCAACUACGUCGUCGACCGCUUUGCGAGGAACCUUUUGACCUCCAUGCCUCCGGAUGCCAUCGUCCUGCUGAGAGGGGACUUGCCCGGCAAUUCUCUCCGAUACCUCCAUUAUUGUGAGGGAGUGAGACCUGACGUUACCUUGGUGGACCAAGAAAUGAUGACUUACCACUGGUACUUACCGAAGAUGUCAAAACAUUUGCCUGGCCUCAUCUUUCCUGGGAGCCGGUGGAAUCCUCUGGAAGGGACCUUGCCCGAUGGGACGACCACAUUUAAUCUCCAUCAGUUUCUCAAAGUAAAUAAACACAAAGAAACCUUUGUCUGCAUUGGGCUCCAUGAAGGCGACCCCACCUGGAAGAAAAGCCUCCUUUGGCCGUGGGGCUCCUGCGAGAAGCUGGUGCCUUCGAAAACUCCCUUCGACCCCGGAGAGUGGAUUGAGCGAACCAGAAACCUCUAUAACUGGAGCGAGGAAUAUGGGAGGUUCGAUUCAUCUUCGUGGGUAGUAGCAAAUGAAGAGAUGUGGCAAGCCAGGGAUGAGACAGCCUUCUUCAUUUUUGACCUAGCGGAAACGGCCCGUGUGCCUACGGAUGUGAAAGCCCAGCUUUAUACAUAUGCUUACAGUCUGUACAAGGAGAUGGUGAGCACCCACAAAGUGCACCCUGUGAACUGGCACAAGAACUACGCGAUUGCCUGCGAGAGGAUGUUGCACCUUCAACCGGAGAGGGAAGACCCGGAACUGCUCUCAGAAGCCAUCAAGCACUUCCUCCUUUACACAGAGAAAGCGGAAGAAGACGAGCCCCAGCAGGGCAGUAUUUUGCAAGCUGUAAAACACCUGAGAAGGAACUUAGGGGGUUGAGGAAAAUGAAACGGGGCAG